CUCUCGCGUUCUCGCUAGGGCUAUGCUUGAUGGCGUAUCUUCCAAUGUGAGUUGCCCAUAAUACUAAGAUGUACGGCUGCGCCGGUAGGGGUCCCGCUUGGUCUCUCGCUCACUUACUACCUUAUAGUAUAGCAAAGCCAAAGGCGUAUAGCGCGCCGAACGUCCAACGUACGGUUCUUCCAUCGUCGUUUGCCACCAGUAUUUCGCCGGUAUUUUCGGUUUCUAGUCGCCGAACGAUCGCCCUUUCUUGCAGGGCAGCUAGUCCGCCCGUUUCCGCCCGAAACGUCGACGCCAGCGCUUGUCGCUGCUACGCGAGUAUUCCGUGCCUUUUUCUCCUUCGUACGCGCGAAUAAAGCUUUGCAAAUUCAGUAGAGAAAAGUUUCUUUCGUUCUUUCGUGUCCGACAAUCGGAUCGAGUUCGACAUGGAGCGUGUUACGUCAGUGGUGUGCAAGGGGAAGUUCAACGUUCCUCCAGUUGAUCCGCUAAGUAGCUUGAGUCACGUGAUUGUCCGGCAUUGUCGUGGAUCGGUUGGUCGGUUGCGUGCUGUUGAGUGCGUUUCGCGUCACGAUGCCCGUCGCCACCGUCGCCGUCGUCGUGGCCGUCGGGACAACGGGGAUGUCGGACAGCUUAUGAUGUGGAACAUGGAGUUGCUUCUUGGACUGGUGAUUAGGCGGCUCGACGUUCAAUGGAUUACUGGUGCACCGUUGAGCCGCCGGAACGAUUCGUCGCAGCAUCGGAGCGAAAAAUGGCACCCAAGGACGAAACGACUCUGGCCAAAACCUCAAAUUUCAAGCACUCAAGUGCCUCGACGACUAACGUCCACCAUUCAUCCACCGUGGACUAUGGCCGUUCUCGGACGCGUCUCGACCUACCAAGCUUUCCCAAAGGCCGAUGCACCACCUCGUAACUUACAAAACGAACACGCGUCCGUAUUGUCUGCGUAAUAUCCACGCUUGAAACAGUGUCUGUCCGACAGUAAAUCACGAUUCACCGACGAGAGGCGCGCCCUCUUGCUUUACAGCGUAACGAGCGUGCUUCAAGAGCUUGUUCUUGAACACUGGCCAGACAGACCCGGGCUGUCACAGACGCUGACACCGCAGGAAUUACAAAACUAUGGAAUCAGCGGUAUACAUGGUGUCUCGAAACUAUUGCUUCAAAGUUACAUUGUUAGUUCCAACAAAUUUCAAGUUUCGAAUUGAUAAGCUGUAAGUACGAUUGAGGGCAGUCAUGAAAUCAUCAAAACUUCUAUUAUUUCAAACAUUUACAAUUUCCUCUUCAAUUCAGAUUAAAAUAUACGAGAGACCUUUGCAUGUAAUAGAUAAAUCAAGAAAUCAUCUUGAAACAAUCAAUUUUAAGUUCAGCUAUGUUAUUGAACACAAUACUAACAUUUUCUAACUCAUCAAUCAACCCCCAUUUCUCUGUGCACCAACAUUGCACCCAUCUAAUUCGGAAUGACGUUCUAACGCAGCAUGAACAUCCAAGUUCACGUGUUUCAUCCGAAGAACGUUUAUUUUCUCGCCGAGCAAACGGCAUUGUCCAAAUAACUCGACGAAUGUCAUUACCACGUUGCAAGGUUUCACAGGCGUCUGCAAACUUGCCCUCCUAACAACGUAAACGCGUUACCAUUUCAAACAAGGAGCUCGGAAAAAGAAACACAAAGGUAUGGUACAGGUACUACGGAGAAAAUGCAAAUUUAUUAUUUAUUCAACAUAUUUGUUGUUUGUAUUUAUCUACUGUCUUCUUGUAAUCCUUUCCAGAGGUACUUUCACACUUCCGCAGUUCAGCAACAUAAAGAAUAUUUCCAGAAAACGUUGUGUUUCUCUGUAAUCUGACCACGUACGGUUCGCUGAACAACAACGGGCCCAAUUAUGAGAGGAACCACGAAGAAUUUGUGACUGGCCGCGUUCGCAAGUUUGCAGUCGCGCGUGCUCGCGAAACGGCCACGUUGAAGACAAUCUAGCCUUUAUAUCUGCUCUGUAUCGGCACGACUGUACUCUAUCGCGAGGCCAGUCGACGAAAUUAUCCCUGGGGAAGGAACAGAGAGGAAGAAGAAGUAACGAGCGGCUACGUGUCCGCGUAAAUUGUUAGCUACGACAGAAAGGAGGGUAGAACUCCUCGUCAGGCCGUUCAAUACUCCCCCGCACCCCUUUCGCACAGCAACCGUUCUUAGAAGCUGUAAGAAACGUCAAACAGGAUGAAUUAGUGCUUUCAUGAAAAAUUAAGAAUUUUAUCGAGUGAUGGAAUCUUCUCCUACAUCAUCAUUUUUCUCAGAGAAGUCUACCGUUAAGUUCCAAAAGCAGUAGCGAUACUUUCAUAUAAUUUAUGCAUGAAUUAUUUUAUCGAACUGAUUCACAGUAGAAAAAUCAACCGACCGGCAAUUAAUUAAACAUGUUGCAGUCGGCUAAUUAACGGAACCGCUAAGUCAGAUUGUGAAAUCGAUAAUCACUUCCUGGCCUUUUAACGAGAAGAAAAUGCAUUCGUCGAAGAUUGAUGGUGCAAUGAUGAGUUGCUGUAAUACGAGACUCGCAAACCAAGCAGCAUCUUUACACGGAACAUAAAUAUUUAGCAGUAACGAUUAAAGAUCGAUUCAAGAUCCACAUUGUCAUUAGCGACUAUCGAUUAAUUCUCAAUCGACAUCGUUGAGGUGUAUAUUAGAAGGUUUCUUGAAAUAUGACAGAAUUCAGCUCCUCUUUUCAGUAAAUUUUUAUUAAUGUGUCCCUGAUAAUUGUAAACGAUUGGGAAUGAAUCAUUCGAUUUAAUCGUUCAACGUGAAACUCGGUUUGAAGUGAUUUCUUCAUUAACUUCUUAACCCUUUCACUGCGCACGACGUAUAUAUACGUCAUUGAAAUUAAUGGUAAGAAGUGUGCAUAACCGGUUAUCGAUCAAGACGCUAAAUUCAUGUUUGGUCAUAAUGGAAGAAGUUGAUACCCGCUGAAUUUAAUGCAAUUUUGAUAUGAAUUCGUCCAAGGUCUACAGUAAUUAAAAUCACAAAUUAAAAUAAAUUAAAACUGAUAUGGAUGAAAGUUCGCUUAAAUAGGAGGAGGAUAAUUAAAGGUAGCAUAUUUGUAAGAACGUAUGAGUUUGUUAAUUAUAUAAAUUAUAGUAAAAAAAAUUUCACCGACUGAUUAGCCGUUGAUUACUUAAAUGAUGAGAAAUUAAAUUAGAUAACGUGCUCUGAUCUGAAUUACGAUAAUUGAUAUGAAGACUUAAUAUGUAUGACGUUAACUCAUUAGAAAUGAAGAGUAUAUCUCAAUUGUCCAUUAUGAUUAAAAGUAAUUCGAGAGAAUAUAAAUUAAAUAAUUCUUAGGAAAACUCCAAGUAACUGAUAACCAACGCUCUAAAUCAUUUAUUCGCUAGAUUUCAUUCAUUGUACUGCUAUUUAGUAUCACAAUUAUUCCUUUGCCGGUCGUUAAAUUGUUAACUCGAAUGCGACAAGAUAAAAACAUUCUCAUUGCAAGACAAACGAAGAAAAAUAAUAUAUGUACACACGUGAGGAACAGUCAUUGAACGCACUAUAUUCUCCAGCUUGUUUUAUUAAACGCGAUAAAAGUUAAUCUUCGACGAACCUUUUAUUUUCUAUUCACUUCACACCGUUCAUUACAAAAGAGUGUAAUCGCGUUUGUAGAUACGCGCGGGUAAUCGCGACGAAUCAGUUAUACAAGGAGUAGAAUUCUUUUCUAUCUACGGGACCGCAUCACUUUUUUUUAUUCGAUUAUAAAACAAACGGGGCCCGGACGAUAAUCGCGCGAAGACACGCGCGCUAUCUUAACGGACGGCCGCAAAUAAUACGUAAUACGGUUUUAUAUCCAUAAUGAAACGUUUCAUAAUGGCACCUAAGCAUCCACUUGUUGAUACCAUUUAUGGCCAUUGCGCGCUGGUGUUUACAUGUGUAAAACGGUACCAUCGACAUCGGCACCAGCACGCACCAGUUAACUAAUGUUAAUACCGCAUACACACGCAUGCGGAUUUACAAACUGUAAACACGCUCCACCGUCCAAAAAGUGAUUGUCUCACGUUUUCUAAAAGCCUCGUUACCUAAGGAGAUUUAUUUCCUGUCGUAUGUGGUUCUUAUGUGAUUGGGGCCUACUGAAUCCUCAUAGCGGCAUCACGUGAUCACUAAUUGAGAUCUAACCUUAUUUCGACGUUCAAUGCUUACACAACUGGACUGACAGAGGUUUCUACACCUAGAAAUUAGGCUUUUUACUAUCAUCUCUUAUGGCACUAAAGUUCUGAUGCUCUGUAUGGACUUCGUCAACCUUAAAGGGAUGCAAGUAGGGACAAUUCCAGGAGGGUCCAAACUCUUUAUAGAUACUUUGAGAAAUAUGGAAAGGUACGAAAGUGAAAUUCGGUUAUUGCGUUUAAUAUUAAGUUUUUGGAAAUUAAAAUCUACAGUUCGAUUUUCAGAUCAAGUGCAUUUCAUAUUUGACUGCGAAUAAAAUAUUACUUCUGUUUUAUGGCGGUUUUAUUCGCAUAACCUUAAUUCUAUAAUACCUCGUUAACGGUCGUAGUAUUCUUUCCUAUAUUGAAUUUAAUACCACAUCUAACCAUCGUUUAUCCGAUAGCCAGGAACUAAUAAAAUUAAUCGAUAAUUAAGCCUGAUAUACGCCCAACCUAAUAGUUAAGCGCCCAUUACAGCCGUGAUAAAUAAAGGUAGAGUCAGGUUAGUCUUAAUUGAGAUCUAACCUCACCUACAUGUCAGAUGCAUUUCUUUAUAAGUUAACGAUGUAAUACUUUAUCAGUGUUCACAAUAUCAUUUUCUUUAUUGAAUUUAAUGCCAUAUCUGACCAUGGCUUCCUCAGAACACAAAAACCAAUCAAAUUAAUCGAUAACCGGACAAGAUACAUGCGCAAUCGGAUCGUUAGAUGACCUAUCACGGUCGUCAUAAACAAAGAAUAAAAGGUUCGGGGUAUAAUUUACAUAGAUUCCACUGGCGGGCAGAUUUCUAUCUGCUUGCGGAGUGUAAUAGCAUGUCGGAUAAGUUCGGUCAUACCGCGAGGAGAUAAGGGCGGGAGUUAAGAAAAGAACAUUACUUUCGUAGUAAACACACAAAUAUUUCUAGAACAAUGGAAAAGUACCGUUGCGAUCCUGAUCGUUCAAGAUCCUUCGACGAACCAAGCCACGGGAAUAGAAAUGUUUUGCAGCAUCGAACUUAUCUCUCUUGUCCAACCCUUCUCUCGUCGUCCACCCCCAUAACAAUUCUUAAACGAGAUCUCUUGUCCAAACCUUUUGGCACUAGUAGUCACAACCUACAAUUUCUCAGAUUUGCUUAUUGAUGUCCUACGAGAGAAACCAUUUAUUUUAAUAUAUUCUCAAGGACAUGAUGGCGAUCAAUACGCUAUAAUAAUUAUAAAGUCAACAUCAUGUGUUAUGCUAAAAAUUGUCUUCGUUUUUCUUUCAAUCGAACCUAUUUGAGCAUCGAAAGAUAAGCAUGCAAAACGAUAUUCAAAUAUAUAUAGGCAAUAUCAGUUUGGGGAACAGGGUAGCUCCAUGCACUCGCGGCAUCUAGAUUCCGAUGAACGAGCGAGCAGCGAUGGUGUAUUGAUCUUUUUAGUGGCGUACCGACUCCACAGACGCAAUCCAACUGCUGCUGCUGCACACUGAAGGUCCACAUUUCCCUCGAGACGGAUACGCUUCGCUAUUCCUAUAACACACAAUUUGGCAAGGGAAUAUUGUGCUCGUGAAUACACACGUUCGCCAAUGUACAAUGCCCGAAGAGCCGGGAAAGACCGGAAGGACCAGGAGAGUAGUGUACGCCGAUAAAACACGCAGCACGCAUUCGUUCUCUUGUCAUCGAAUGCAGAGUUCAGAGUUGGACUAAUUUAACACACAAACAAGCUCAUCCAUGUACACGUAUCCGUGCAAACGUACCGAGAGUCGUUGGGACGCGAAACGAGGAGUAGUCUAAUUAAAACAGCAGGAUCGAGCAACCAAAACUGGUGGAUCUUGCGUAAUACGCGAAUACUUAUUGCAAGAUUCUGGGUUGCAGAUCUUGGAAGAUCGAGGGCGAAUGGAAAGAAAACUUUCCACCACGGAAAGAAAACACUGACUAAGAUUAGUUGGACAGUUUUCGAGGGACAUACGAGUCUUGGCCAGCCGUCGGACGUUGGUUGUGGCUCCUCUGCUAGCGCCACUCUGUCUAGCUCAACGUCUACGCUCUGUCAACUGUUUUAUAUUUAAUCCGGGCCGCUUUAGCAAGCAGUAAACAAACACUGUAUCGCAUAAGCGCCGCUCAAAUUAGCCUCAAUACCAUUUCAAACGGCCGACUCGCAUUUAUGAAGAUGACCGGGGAUGCUGGCCCACCCGAGAGAGUUCUACUGUAGUAUACGUAGAAACUCGAUGAAUUCUAUGGGGGUGGGGAAAGAGAACGGUGCCGAAAGUGCUGCUGGUAAUGGUAGUGGUACUGAGAGAGAAAAGGUAUACAGUGGUGGUGGUGGUGGAAUAAUGGUGGGAGAGCCACCAGAGGGAUUUGGAGGGGAUGCGACUGACGUCACAAAAUGCCCUGGGCACCGCCUACCGACAUGCAAUGGGCGGGAAUCCCCGACGAUUUACGAGCUUCGAGGUGGACGACAUCUAGUAGCGGCGCCAUGAACUUAACCAGCUUCAACGGAGGCCAUUACGCUCUCACGAUUGGCUGCGUAUGAGGCACAACGCGAAUCAGACGACGAUUUAAAUAUGGAUUUUUUUUCUCGGCCACGAAAUCACGGUAAGCGUGCUCUAUAAAUCAGAAUUGAUUUUUGAAUGGAACGAAGGGCCAUUGGGAAGAGGCUUUUAUAUCCUUUUCAGACACCCAUUUGUUUCCGGCGGUAAAUCUAUAUUUGGUCAAUCGAACCGACGCGACGCGACUAUAUACCACACCGUUUCCGUAGCUUUUUCGGAAGCAGUUAAUACGGGGAUGGUCUAUAUGUCCCUUUUCGCGCGAGAUGCCACUAUUUGGUUCUUAAAGGCCUAUUUUUUAUCAUGUGCUAUUAAAAUAUUUUACAUCAACUCUUUGAAACAUUGAAGUGAUUAAACACUUCUUGAAAAUUAAAAAUAUUGCUUACUUCACAUUCACAGUCUUAAGGAACUAGGUUUGAUUAAAAUUGGUUUAAAUUUAGUAGAUCUUAAACAGUAACGCGUCAUUACUACAUUGAUUAUCGUAGCUAUAAAAAGGGUGUAAUUAGCGGUUAAAAAGUAGCUCCUUUUUCUAGUAACUGCAUUAUUGUUUGGUAAAAUUAUUUGCACAAAGUUUUUUUCAAAUAAAAUAAGUUAUAACUGUUUGAGACAAUAAGACAAUUGUAAUAUGUAUUAGAUAUUUAAUUAUACUUACAUAGCUAUAUUAAUUUUAGAACCAUAUAAAAGUAUGUAUUAUUAUUGCUUUCAAAUUGUUUUAGCAGAAUGAAAUCAGUGACUACAGAUGCGAAAGACUGGACAUGCCUUUGUUCUCGGGGGAUCAUGACUUAGGGGGUCCCAGACACCCCCAGAUGAGAUUAGGCUUGCAUGCAGAGAGCACAGUCGGUACGAUAAUCGUACCUGUUUUACCAGUCCCUCUUUUACCGCACCUCGUUGUCAGCCUGACAUCCGAAAACACCAACUUUUUACUCCCUUUGAUUCUAUUUUUUUUUUUUUAUAAAUCAGUCAGAAACAGCACAAGACUGAACAGUUAUUUUAUUAUAUUGUUAUUUGUUAUUUAUUUUAUUAUUGUUUCCGCAGGGCCUGUAAGGAGAGGUAAAGUAAUAAAUAGAAGAAUAGUGAGGUAAGGCACACAGAAGGGAUAAAAUCAUCAAGUUCAUCCCCCUUAUGAGUUUGUUUAAUAAGCUAAGAAAAUAAAUACAGCAAAUUAAAUAAACACAGAAAAUGACAUAAGGGUAUAUGUAUGUUUAACAGGUAGAUGCGCACCUGUCGUUGUCGGACUGAUAUGGUUACACUUCGUUCUAGGUCGAACGGUUGACAACGGCGCCGCAGCCAGCUAUCUUUACUUGAAUCAAUGUCUGCAGAUAAUAUUUUUUUUUUUUUAAGUAUGGAGUGUCAGAUUCCUACUGACUAAAACCCCACGGCGACCGACACUGGCGCUAAAGGAGGGCUCUGGGACCUUAUGUAUAUUACUCCGGAGCCCUCUAUGCCUGGCACACAGGUGCUCAUCUUGGGGAGGUCCAAAUUGAGACCUCCCCCUGCUGCCUAUAGUGUCGCCAACACCGGGGGUCGCAACCGGGACCAGCUUGUCUGGCCGCGUGUAAAAGCGCUAGGAGCCCCCAAUCCCGACGCCAGCAGCCCUAACGGCCCCGCCGGGUUUGGUGGUGAUGCUGUCAUAUUUAGUGUUGAGGGAAGGGUUGUAUUAAUUUCCCCUUGCUACUUCUCUUAUUGCUGUGAUAUGACAAGUAGCUUGAGGUACUGACUAAGUGAUGGGAUAUAGUCUGAUAUCGAAGUAAUUUAAGAGCAGAUGGCGUUCGUUCUUAAAGCAUAAAUUCAAAACCUCUUGGAAACAAAGGCAUGUCUAGUCUUGUUGGAUUUGUAGUCACUGAUAAAAUCCUCAAAGCAUUAGUAACUAAGUCACUCUUACGGUCGAUCCUCAAACUAGACCGACAGCAACUACUUAGGCGGUAAAACACAAACUCCCUGUAAUGUCCACGGAGUGUAAUGAUUGCAGUACGAAAUUUAACAAUAUUAACAAAAUUUGAUACCAUAAUAGUAUUCAAGAAACAUAUAGCGUAGCCUAUAACUAAAUAUCAACAACAGAAAUGAUACGUUAAAAAGAAGAUUCUUGACGGGAAUAUCAGAUCAAGAGAAGUUGGUCGUCCUGGGACGAAGCUACACUGCGGACGGUUACGUCGGUUUACGGCUGUUUUAACGAGCGCCGUUGCACGCGACUCAGCACUAAACCAGCCUUACAAAACGGAGCCACACUAGUUUAUGUUUUACGGUCGAAUUUAUUAUCUGUUACCUCCUUAUAUGACGGUACAAUAACAAUAAUUGUCAGUUUUAAUUCGAUAGUAAAUCAACGGAAAAGAAUUUGCACCGUUUCACGCCAGCGACAGGACGAGGAAUAUUGGGCCAUCUGUCGUCAAGUUACCGAAAUACUUUCUUCUUCAACAAAACCUGUGACUGCAGAUACGAAAGACCAGACAUAUUUUUGUUCUCAACGGUUAUGAUUUUGGAGAUCCCAGAGAUCCCCAGGUGAGAUUAAGUCUGUAUGUCGAGAGCACAGUCGGUACAACGUCAAUGUGCGUUAGACUGUUGCAGUGCACUGUGUUUCACAUUUUUAUAGUAGGAUAGAGCAGAUGGCGCUCGUUAUUGAGGCACAAAUUCAAGACCCCUCGAAAACAAAGGCAUGUCCAGUCUUGCUGGAUUUUUAUUCACUGACGAAACUUCCUGUGCUACUUGACCAUGCCAGCUUUUGUUUCGUGUUGACGGCUAGUACUCGUAGAUGGUGCUAGCAGCAAAUUCUAUUUCCUCGUACUACCCCAAUUUUAUGACGCUUUUUAUACCACGAUUGUUAAGUUUUAUAUCAUUUCUGAUACUUGCUGCAGUACAUAUGUCUGUAUUAAUUCGAUAGAAGCAAUAUUUUGG